CAAUAAGUCCAUGUUUUUAUUAGUGUUUAUUAGUCCCGUUGCGUCAGGUUGCGUAAAUACAGGCAAAGUAACGAUCAGUAAGUUUUCAUCGUCAAAUUAUUCGUUGCAUAUCGAUUGGUACGGCUUGCCAGAGGCAGGAAAAAGGAGAGUGCAUACGUAAAUUUGUCAAGGAUACAGUGAGAAACGUAUAAAAACAAGGCGCGGCCUAAAAUGAAGACUGACACUAAUGAUCCUUGGUGUGGAUCAGCUGUUCAACCGUCUGUUAACGACGACACGCCAAACGAUCGUUUCGAGGACUCUUUCCUGGACAAGGAUCAUCAACGAUUGUCCGACUCUGAGCAGUAUCUUCAGAAAUUAUAUUCUAGAUUGAAAGUUCUUCAAGGAGGUACAACAAAAAAGGACCUUGUAACAUCGUUGUCAGUAGCAAAAGAGGAUUGUAUUGCACGCUUAAUCACUUCUGGAAAUAAUCCGCAGUCUGAGGAAGAAGCUGAGUUGGCAUCGAAUCCUCUGAUAAGACAUAUAGCCCCACAUUUGCAGGCUUUAACAGCCAGCGAGUUAAUUCAUCUGUUGAAGGCAGACGUGUUACAAGCAACCACGGAAGCUGAGCAACAACAAGAUAUCACGGAAGAAUCACAAGCAAAUCAACCAUCAAUAGAGUUUACUAAGUCAAAAGAUAAUUAUAACUUGUAA